AGUCACACACAGUGCCUUGGGACUUCUACAUCAAUCAGCAACUUAAGAUGAGGCUUGGUUCCAAGUUUAAUAAUUACUUCAGUCAGAAUCACAGCUGCUAUUUGUUUGACAAUGGAUGUGUGACAGUGGAUCAGGGCAAGAACUGCGAAACUCUACAGGGUCUGUCUCGGGUGUGGGAAACUGUGCCAGAAGCACUGGUGGUGUUUCUGACACUUGACUUACUGGCUUUAGUGGAACUGAUGCACACAGCUGAAAUUGUUCAUGGGGGCAUAGCACCAGAAACACUCUUCAUGGAUGACAGGUUUUAUAACGACUCUGUGUGCCCCAGCAGUGAUGGUUUAGUGAAGCUCAUGGACUUCACCUACAGCUUGGACCUGAAGCUGCAGUCUGAUGUCAUCAAGUUUAUGAAAUUUCCUACAGUGCAAUCGCUAUCAAAUAAAGAGCUCCUGCUAGAGUGCACUAAUGCCUACCAGGUUGAUCUCCUUGGGAUUGCAAACACUGUGCAUUUUCUAUUGUUUGGAAGGCAGAUAGAUGUCAGCAAACAGGGUUCACUGUGGAUACUUGGGCCUACGUCCUCCAGAAUGGAGUUGCUGUAUCUGGAGUUGUGGAACAAUUUCUUUGAAAAGAUUCUGAAUGCAGGAGGUGCAUCCUCUGUCUCUACACUGAGUGAUCUGCGCCAGACAGUGACAGAAGUUAUUGAGCCAGAUUAUGAAAUUCUGUAUAAUGAUGCUUUCACACUAAUGCCCCAUGAUUAAUGAAUGUAAGAUUUUUUAAAAUGCUACUGUUGUUUCAGGGUCCUUUUUUUUAUUGUUUUGAAUAAAGUUGUCCAUAUAUUUUUCAUUCUAUUGUUGCAGUGAUUACAUCCAUGUUACCUACCUUUUCCAAAAAAAACUUUUUUAAUUCAACUAAGGUGAUGAAAACUCUGGAUUAAAUCAAACCUUUCAGGCCUGUGAAGCUCAGCUGCUCACUGACAGAGAUAUUUACUGAGUUAAUAUAUCAGACAAUAUUUUCCCCAUUUCCUGUAACCAUGGUAAAUACAUUCAUCUAUUAUGCUUUGCGUUACACUGCAAAAACAACUUCCUAUGUUUUUGGUAUCCUCACUAAAUAAAGGAUUAGAUCUUGCUGUAAAUACCAGACCAUGGUAGUGACACACUCCAUUCCAAAUGUACAAACAGCUAGUAAGUUCAGGGGAAUUAAAAAAUGUAAUUGCAAGUUCUGGAGAUUCAUGUUUGUUCAAUUUACUCUUAAGUGGGACCCCAACUUUGUCUCUGCUUUUAUAAUUUGUGCAAUAAAUGACCAUUAAACAA